AACAAAGAAAGGUGGAGACCUCUCACAGUCAUGGCGUCGUAAUGUAAUAAACGUUUUUUUUUCCGCGUGUGUCUUACUCACUCGCACUCCCACGCCCGCUCUAAUAUAUUCCUCAAUCUGUGUUUAACUCGCAGUGAACGAAAAAUGGCCGGUGGAAACGCCCCAGCAGCAUCUAAGGUGGCCUCUGUCUUCAUCGGGCUCGGGUUUUUACUUUUUGUUGUGGGAUUCGGUGCUCCUUAUUGGGAGAAAUUUGUACUGGGGGGAAAUGGUGGUUUAUGGCAACGCUGUGGAGCAUUUUUGGGACUGGAUGGCUGCAAAUACUACACUGAUCUGGAUGAUGUUGGGAAAGACACUUAUCUCCCUGACUGGUUUGAGUCCGUGAGAGUGUUCGAAGCGAUUGGUCUGGUUGCCGCCCUCGUCGGUCUUGUUUUCCUCGUUUUAUAUGUGUGUGUAUCGAAGACUUCCGGAAAUAAAAUUGUGGCCCUCCUUACUGCCAUAGUUACAUUAGGAACAGGGGGUGUUAUUCUUUUGGGUGUCAUCAUUUUCGGUUCCAACAAAGACACGGAUUACUUAGACUGGGCCUUCGCACUCGCUGCUGUCGGUGGUUGUUUUUACGUCAUUGCAGGAGUACUUCUCUUUGUUAGCAUGUGUUCUAAAUAAUGUCAUUAUAUAUGUCAUUUUUUAGAAAUUUUACAUAAUUGCUUAUAUAUUAUUUACUUUUUUAUAAUAGUUACGUAUAUUAUACAUACAUGCACAUUUUACAGCAAUAAAAUUUUAUUACAUUAAUAUUGUGGAUGUAAAAAUAUAACAACUACAUAAUAAAGUAAUUAAAAAUUGUA